AUGUGUGUAACAUGUGGCCAAAGAAUAAGUACCAAGUCUGUGAAACCAGAAAUUUCCAAAAUUCUUGGUGGGGAACUUGCAGACAUUAGAGAUUUUCCAUGGCAGGUGAGUAUUUUUAAUAAAGGAAAGCAUCACUGUGGAGGAUCUAUACUCAGUGAGUGGUGGAUUCUAACUGCAUCCCAUUGCAUCAUUAACAAAAAUAUAUCUGAUUUGGAGAUCAUCUAUGGUGAAGACAACUUAAUCAGGAACGUGAUGAAGCAGAAAGUAGACAAGCUAAUUAUUCACUCUCAAUUUGACCGCUGGAUCUUGGAUAAUGACAUAGCUUUGCUUUUGCUAAAAUCUCCAUUAAAUGUGACUGUGAAGAAAGCACCUAUCUGCCUUUCAGAGGUCACCAAAAUAGAGAGAUGGAGAAACUGCUGGGUGACCGGAUGGGGCAUAACCAAUACAUCUAUGCUAACUGUGGUUCCAGUACUGCAGAAAGUUGACCUCCAGCUGGUUGAAUGGAAUAAAUGUUCCAGGUUGGUCCCCAUGCUCACCCGGAACAUGUUAUGUGCUGGGAACCCUGAAAGUGGAAACGAUGCCUGCCAGGGUGACAGUGGGGGGCCUCUGGUUUGCCAGAAAAAGGAGAACCAAAGCAUAUGGUACCAACUGGGAAUUGUCAGCUGGGGAGUGGGCUGUGGCCUGAAGAACAAGCCUGGAGUGUACACAAAGGUGUCUAAUUAUCUGCUAUGGAUUAAUAGGGAGACAAAGACGGCAGGAAAGCCCUACAUGCAUGAGCCAGACUCCGGGUUCAAUUUCUUUCUCAUCCCUGAGACCUACAGGUUUGAUUUCCAGAAAGACCUCUAUUCUUCACCCUCCUUUGCUUGA